AUGGACCUCGCGGCCAUCACUCUCCUCGUUUAUCACGCUCCUCCAUAUCUCAUAGGUCUCGUCCAGCUCCGGAACGCUGGACACGCCCAUGACGCUGAUGCCCAUCCGAGCAGGGCCCCGGACGCCGCUCUCCCCCUUGUGCGAGAUGGCCGUCGAGCCGAACUCGGCGCCUAUCCUGGCCCAGUGGUCCAUCGACCACCGGAUGGCCACCUCCUCGAGGUGCUCCCCCUCCGACUGGGCGAUCUGCGCCAGACCAUUACAUGCGCGGCGGAGCUCCGGAGGCGCCGGGAGACCCAUGCUGAGCAUGCUGGCGUUGGUGAUGACGUCGACGCCGGCGUCGGAGAAGCGCUGGAGGAGCUUGGGGUCGCCGAGGCGGGUGUUCUGGACGCAGAAGUUGCUGUAGGACUGGACGGCGUCGACGGGCUCGCCGGUCUCCCGGUAGAUCAUCUCGGCGAGGGAGGCGAGCACGUCGACGGGGUAGCCGCUGAUGCCGACGUAGCGGAGGAUGCCAUCCUCGUCGCGCAGCCGGCGGAGCUCUGUGACGGCGGCGAGGACCUCGCGCGGGGUGACGAACUCGGCGUCGUGGGCGUAGACGAGGUCGAGGUAGGGGGUGCGCAGGCGGUGCAGGCUGCGGUAGACGGAGGCGCGGAUGGCGACGGGCGAGUAGUCAAAGGUCUUGGCGUCGAUGCGGCCGGCCUUUGUGAGGAGGAGGUAGGAGGAGCGCGGGGUCUCGACGGUCUCGAGGGCGUUGCCGAGGAGGUGCUCGGAGGGGCCGUAGUAGGGGGACGUGUCGAAGGCAGUGAUGCCGUGGGUGAGCAGGGCCUCGCGGACGAUGGAGACGUAGGGCAUGUGCGUGGGAUCGGGGUGGUACUGCGUGUUGAAGGUGGCCGUGCCGAGGAUCAGAGGCGGCAGGACCGUCGACAGCGGCGGUGGCGGCGGCGCAAUGGGAGAAGCCAUGUUGAUGUGAUUUGCCCCUAUUUCCUGCUGUCGUGGUGUUGUAGAGGUGGCCGAGAGCAGGGAUGUGAUGCCGCGAUCUGGGACUGGGUGCCGGAGACGGAUCAGCACAGGCAGAGCAUCACAACGACGGGGGGACCGGCUCUUGAGGGACUGACGCUCAGGUGGAUGGAUGUCGGAGUUGGAGAGGCCAAAAGCACGUCAACGCGAAAGUGGUGGGGAGGAGGGUCCUGGCGGAUCUGA